AUGGAAGCAAAAUCAACUUACCAAGCGUAAAUAAAUACGAUGUUGGAUCUAACGAAUGUAUUCGUGAUAAAACCUAUGACUAAAAAUGGUGUUGAUCUGAAGAUAGCAAUUGAUUAUAACCCUUAGUAUAACGAAACUCUGGGAUGUAUGUAAAAUAUUGUACCGAUAUUUAACAACGACGGAGAACCUACUUAACAUGGGUUCAUACUACAAAUAGAUUAAGCUAUCCAUUUGUCAAAUAGCACUCAUUAUAGGAAUUAAUAUGAAAAGAAACUUGCAGAAGUGUAAGAGAAGAAUAGAAAUCUAUUUGUACCCAAACCAAAGGGAACCAAGAUCUUCUGUAAUGUUUGCAAAGAUUACAUUGAAGAUUAUCUUCAACAUACUGAAUCAAGAAGCCACAAAUUGAAGUUUAGGAAGAACAAAGUUAUCAACCUCAUUUCCUCCAUGGUUGAUGAGUUUUAGAAGACUCAAAGUAUACCUCAUAAUACACUGACUCUUCCUUCCAAUUCUGAUAGUUGUGGUUACUACUAGUCCAUCUUAGAUGAAAGCACUGAACAUUGUGACACUACCUAAUAAUAGGAACCACAAACUAUCAAAAAGAUUAAAUUGAAUGAUGGUGUCAGCGCUUACAACAAGUUGGGCAACUCUCUUGUAAAUAGCUCUGAAUAAUCAUUCAACGACAAGUUCGGAAAGCAGUGUCUUUGAAGGAAAUAUUAUGAGCAGCAUCUAUAUAUAUAUAUAUAAAAAAGAGAAUAACAUUUCAUAAA